GCUUUUUCAAGCAUGAAUGCGAAAGCCGGCAAGCAAAACGUGCGCAGCAGAGAGCCCAAACCUUCCUCGUCCGAGGACCGGGCAGUACUCUACCACCACAAGGCGCCCGCCUCGAAGCUCGGAAAGGGAGAGAACCGAACCACUGAGGGCACCGUGCGAAGGAUCGGCGUAAGGAUUAUCGCAGGAAUUUGCAUGAUCGCUGGAUUCAUCACCAUCCUCCUAACCUCGCAUGAGAUAGUAGCGUUGUUUGUCGUCCUGCUGCAAAUAGGCAUGUUCAGAGAAAUAGUCAAUAUCAAUCACCAUGCUGCCAAAGAAAAGGGCCAGUGGGGAAUCCGCGUCUUAAACUGGUACUUCAUGACCACAGCGCUCUACUUCGUCUACGGUAGAGGUGUAUGGACCUACUUGAGGGACUACGUUCCAGACCGGUUCUACCACAUCGUCUAUCACCACCACUUGCUGCACUCGUUUAUCCUCCACAUGAUUGGGUUCGUUGGGUUCAUCUUCAGCUUGCACGGGCAAACGUUGAGGUAUCAAAUAAGGCAGAUAACCUGGGUAUUUGUAACGAUCCUCAACAUUUUCGUUCAGUGCCACUUCAUCGUCGAAAACAUCUAUCGCGGCCUCAUCUGGUUCAUACUGCCCCAUUCUCUAAUCAUAUGCAAUGAUGUGUUUGCGUACAUCACCGGCCUGACGCUGGGCAGGAAGUUCAUUAAUCGACCGCUCAUAAAGCUGUCUCCCAAAAAAACGUGGGAGGGAUUCAUCGGAGGCCUGAUCGCAACGAUCAUAGCGGGCAUCAUAGGAUCCAGGUAUUUGGCGUCUUUCAGCUGGUUCAGGUGCAGCAAGCUUCAGUUGAAAGAAUCCGGUACUUGCCCCGUUUCUCAUCUGUUCACACCUGUCAAGCUCCAAAGCUAUCUCGGGUUCAGAUUGCCCUCUUUCUUGAGCGACGUCACGUGGAUGCCCAUGCAAAGCCACAGCAUCGCGUUCUCACUGUUCGCGUCUCUGGUCGCGCCAUUUGGCGGGUUCCUCGCGUCCGCCGUCAAACGUGCCUAUCAAAAAAAAGAUUUUGAUACGCUCAUUCCAGGACACGGAGGCAUCACCGACCGGUUCGACUGUCAGCUCCUGGUCGGGUUGUUCAUUCAUGUCUACUACGUCACCUUCAUUAAGAGCACUUUCACAGACAUAGAAGCCAUCCUACUCGCCAUAUCGGCCCUACCUCCCACCGAGCAACUGCAAGUCUACUCGGAACUCAGCAAGCACGUCUCCGAAUUGCACGUCUCUCACCCCGCGCCCUCGCUCUCAUCUUGAAAAAUUUGCGGCCGACGACGACGCUCUCUCUCACGCCUGCUUUUUUUUGCUUCGCCGUCGCGCCGUGCCGUACGCUGUCUGCACAAACCGAGCCUCCUCCCGCAGCAACGGCCCCCUCGGGGUGGACGCCUCGCCAUCUGGCCCGGCACCGCUCCAAAGGACGAAGACGAACGGGUCACUCGAGAGCACCGCACCCGACGGGCCACCGACACUCGGAGCAGACAGGCAGACACCCGACCAACAGCAGACAGAAAACGGGCGCGCCGAAAUCCACACCUGCAGACAGAGAAAGAACUAGGCAACGAGGUCUGCACCUGCAUUUUUGAAAGAAGACACCGAAAAUUUUUGCAUUUGUGCUCUGACGUCGACCCGUCGAAUGUCUCCCUCAGACGCCCACGAUCCACUCCCAAGGCAAGGAGAGCCCACCAAGACGCAAACACAAACCGUCUUCUUCAACAGCGAUAAGCAGAGAUACGUGUUCUGUCUAUUGGGCACCUAUCCCCUCUCCCUGAUCUAUCGACGUCUGCCAGACCGACCCGUAUUGAAGGUACGCGCUGGAUACACUGAAGUCAUCUAUUCGUGAAUACACACACAUACGUGUACACAUAUAUACGUGCUUUUUUUCUUUUGUGCUCCGUCCCUCGUUCCGAGGGGAGCCUCUUGAUCUCCGCUUUUUUUUUUUCGCUCGCCUCGAGACAAAACUGCACACACCCACUUCCGCGCAGGGCGAGUGCUCGCGGACGACCCGAGGUGGCCUCUCUGCCUUCAGAGAGCCCCCCCUCGAGCUCGGAGCGGGACGCGCGGCCCCGCAUCCGAUCCCUCAGGGAAAAGCGUAUGUCCGCAACUAAUGAAAACCCCGCUUCCAAAGCAUCUGUAUGGACUUGUACUGGGCCUCCUCAUGUGCUAUCUCAUAUCCGGAAACCAACUUGUGCACCACCUGUUCACGUCUGUCGUCGUAUAUUGGAUCACGGAAUCUGUACCGCCGAAACUGAUCGGACACUCGGUCCUGGCAUUCUCCCUCUUCUACUUGAUGCUGUGUCACACAUACAGAAUGUACGUGGACUACCUCGGCUGGUCCAUCGACUUUACGGGCACGCAAAUGCUUCUGACGAUUAAGUUCGUCAUGUACGCAUUCGACUACCAAGACAUGAAGACGCACGCUUUCAAACUAGAACCGUCCUCUCCAGCUAGAAAACAACUCCUGUCCUACAUGCAGCACAACCGCCUCCUCAGAAAACCAUCUCUCCUCGAAUAUUUCAGCUACAUGUUCUGGUAUUCAAACAUCCUAGCAGGUCCCACGCUUCCUCCUCGUGUCCACUUCGAAUUCGUCGAACUCUCCAUGUUCCCCAACAAAAAAGUCCCAGCAGGAUCCUACAAACGCGGAUUUCUCGUGGGACUCUACGGCAUCCUCAUGGGACUGCCACUGCUCUUGCAAAAAUACCUCCCACUCAGCAGACUCCUAGACGGCAGCCUGAACCACUUACCAGUCAUCUGUCGCUCGCUUUACCUCUGGAUAGCCGUCAUUCUCUACAGAUGCCCUUACUACUUCGCCUGGCUCCUACUAGAAGGCUCCAACAUCAUAAUCGGCAUAGGCUGGAGCGGCUAUUCUAACCCAGCAGACCCCUCUUCCCCCUCUCUGUGGGACAGGGCCUCCAGCGUACGACCACUCGCUCUCGAAACAUCCAAAAGCUUCAAAGACAUCACCGACAAUUGGAACCUCAGUGCCAACCGCUGGCUCAAAUACUACAUCUACCUCAGGUACAAAGAAUUCCUUGGCGUCUAUUCCACCUACUUCACCUACCUCGUCUCGUCCAUCUGGCACGGAUUGUACCCAGGAUAUUACCUCAGCUUCGGGCUCUGCGCGUUUGCCACCGAAUUUUAUCGAGAAAUCUACCGAAAAGUCAGAAUCCAUUUCCUUGACCCUCAAGGACGCGAGCCAAUGCUCUACCGCACCGUCCUAACGCUGCUUACUUCCUACGUGCUUUCCUACUGUCUAGUCGCAUUCAUACUCCUCAGCUGGGGCAGAAGCAUCCACGUCUAUUCCAGUCUCUAUUGGCACGGGCACGUCUUCCUCAUCCUCGGCCUGCUCUUAUUCAAACUCGUUCCAUACUGCAAAAAAAAAUAAAAAAUUGACUAUCAAACCGCAUCGGACU